UCCUCCCAUAAUUAAGUUAGCAUGCUGCGCUGGAGGUCCAUGUUUUCGGGGCAUGCGAGGGAGUUUCCUUCACUCAGUGGACAGCUCUGAGCGCAGCGAAGGCAGCAGCAAGCUCUCUCACUCUCUAUUCUCUCUGGUUAUUUCUGCAAUUCAUCCCUCGCUGUGCUGCGACCUACACACACAGGCUGAUCCAGGACUAGCCGGGGGGGAAGCAGCGACAGCAGCAGCAGCACCUGCCUAACCCCCCACCACCACCAUCACCCUCCCUCCCUACCCGGCCCAGGACUUCGUCUUUGCUGCCGCCGCCUCCACCACCAUCUGCCAUCAUGUGCGACUGUUUCCACCUGGCCUUCCCCAACUGGCACGCCGCCUCCUCAGGGACGGGAGCUGGUCGAAGGCUGAGAGCACCAGAGCCUGGUACAGAGGACGAUUCAAUAUGUGACGAACCAUCUCAGGUCACAGUGGGAGAGAGACCACGCCCUCAAGGAUCGUCCCCCGUUGAGGAGCAUCCUGAAACCGAAAAAUACACUGACAGUGACAAAGAGUGUGAAGUAGAGCAUGACCCACACCAAAAAAGUGGGAGUGGAAAGAAAACUAAAAAGUCUGGGCUUGGGUCCAUGUUUGAAAAGCGCUCAACUCCAAAGAUGAGUAAACUGAAGGAAGUUCCCAGCCCUGAGUCUGGGGUGAUAGUGAAAACAGCCAAAGAUGGAUGUGCAGAGGGUCUCAUUUAUGGUGGAGGGGGGAACGAGGGGAUCUUCAUUAAGGAAGUGGUACCAGAGUCACCUGCCUCAAAAAGUCUGAAACUGAAAGAAGGUGAUCAGAUUCUGAGCGCCACAGUAUAUUUUGACAACAUGUCAUACGAGGAUGCCAUUCAGAUUCUGGAGCACGCUCAGGCUUACAAAGUGAAGCUCUGCUUGAAACGCAAACCAGACAUCACAGAGACUGAACCAGCCAUCGAAUCUGACGUCAUCCCUGAGGACGAUCUUUAUGCUCCAGAGAUGAGGGAGCAAGGAAAAACUAAAAGACGCGGUGAUGCCCGCAUUUCAUGGCCUAAAUUUCCCUCCUUUGGAAAAGGACGGAAGUCCCGCUUCACAAGGUCUCACAGUUCCUCAGAGGCUGAUGAGCAGAGAAAGCUUGAGCUUAGCCCCACCACAAGUGACACAGAGUCACCUAUAAAAUCUCAGGAUGCUCUCAAAGGCAAAAAGAAGAAUAAAAUAAAGCUCCCUGUUCUGACAAAGAGAGGCCGCGUAAGUUCAUCUGAAGACCAGGACACAGACGUACCAACAAGUGGGCAGAUCAGUGGCAACAUUCUCCAGACAAAUGAAGCAUCAGACAUGCUUUCACCUGAGCGCCUUGAAAGCCCCUCAGGAGAAACACCUGAAGUCUAUGUGACAGAGCAUCUGAAAGUAGUGGAAGACUUAAGACUUGAGCAAAAUGAUCAAAAACUGACUGAACCUCACACUGUUCAACACAAGGUGGAACUCAUCACUAUAAGUAGCACUUUGAAAACAGAAGAUCUAACUGUGGCUCUGGCAGAUCAAGAAAGCUCCUCUGGUAUCAAGUCCCCUGACGGGAAGAAGAAGAAGAAAGAACGGUCUGAAUUAAAAAUAAAAAUUUUGGGGAAGGAUAGAUUGCACAAGAAAGAUGCAAAAGCAAAAUCCUCACCAAAAAGGCUGAAAACGCUGGGGGCAAGUAUUGAAAUUGCAGAUCAACCUGAAAAUGAAAAAUCAGAUGUCAUCCCAAGUUUUGAGUCACACACAAAACUACAGGAAGAUCAACUAGCACUUGAUGCCAAUACCCAAAUAAUCAGCAGUGAGAGUUCAAGGGUAAUCUCAGCCAAAUCAGUGACAACACAAAUGGAAAUGAGUGUACCAAAGGUGGAACUUGAUAUAUCUGAUGUCGCAUUUAUACAGCAAUCUCCACAGAAAGGGGAAGAAAAAACAAAGAAAGGCAAGGACAUUAAACAAAAACAAGAAACAAAGACAGGUCCAACUUUCAAACUGCCUAAAAUAGGCUUUAGUGAAAUUCCCACUGAGGAAACUAUACAAAAAAUGUAUUUAAAUGUUGAAGAAUGUCCAGCUAAACUUGAGCGGCUUACAACUGAGGGUACAGAAGAGAAAGAAGAUCCUUAUGAGCGACUGUCAAAAAGCAAUCUUUCCAGAACAAAACUUCCCAAACGUGAAGACAUUGAGAUUCCAGGUAUGGAGGACAUGUCUAUGAGGACCACAGCCAAAACAAUUAAAGAACCUAAAGCUGUUUCUACAGGACAUUAUGAAGAAAUUCAAGCUGAAACCGAACAACUGUCAAUUGAUGUUGACAGCGUGAAAGAGGCAGUUUCAAAAUUGCCUGGAUUUAAGCUGCCUAAGGUUGACACGUCUGGAGUGCCUAUUCCUGAAGAAAUUACUGUGAUAGAUGCAAAUGCGCAAAGAAUAUCAGUGAAAACACCUACUAAAGUUGUAGAUACCAAAGCAAAACAUGAUGCACACUUCACUAAGUUUGACAUAACUGUCUCUCCAGAAAUCUCCAAGACUACAGUCAAACUACCAAAGAUCACACCUGCUGAUUUAAGCUCAGAGGAACUUUUAAUUGUGACCAAGGUAGAUUUAAAAAAACCUGAAAAGAAAUACAAAGCUAAGGCAAAACAAAGCGACAAAGAGAUUAAAACUGAGGUUUAUAAACGAGAACAUAUUAUAAUACCUGGAAAAGAAAGUACACAAGAAGCAGCCAUUCUUCAGGCACAAGAAACUGAGAAGAGGGCAUCAACAGAGGGCAUCAAAUUUGAAUAUGACUCCGCAGCUACACUCAGUUCAAAAGAAUCAGAAAAGAAAUCAAAGAAGGCAAAGAUGACAACGCCUAGCUUUGGGAUCACAAAACCAGACAUAAAAAUCCCUGACAUUGGAAUUGACUUGCCAAAACAAAAUAUCUCUGAGCAAAAAAGUGAUGAUGUAAAAGGAGAAAGGACUAUAUUCCACCAAGAAGUAAAAAUGUCAAAAAUUGAAACAUGGAAAGGCAAGGGACAGAUUGGAGGAGUCAUAUCUGAUAUCAAAAUACCUGAAAUUGACAGCAUUGAAUACAUUGAUUCAGUAGGUGGUUCAUCAGCCAAAAAGGAUGGUGGCAUUAUGAUGGUUAAUCUUGAUGCUGCAAAGCCAAAGGCUGACAUCUCCUUUUCAGAGAUCAGAGGUGAAGUAAAAGAUGUUGAAGCUGAGGGGCACACAAUCUGCAAAAAACUGCCCAAAUUUGGAGCAGUUACUGCAGACAUCAAUGUAAAUGUGCCUGAUGCAGAUAAGGAUAUAAACAUUGAUGGGACAGAGAUAAAAACACUUGAAAGAGAAGGAAAGGGUAGCAAGUUUAAAACACCAAAUCUUGGCAUCUCUGUACCAAAGGUGAAAGGACCUAAAAUUGAUUUAAGCCUAUCAAAAAAAGAUGUAGACGUCACACCACCUGAAGCUAAAGCUGAGGUCAAACCCCCAGAAGUUCCUGAGGUUGACGUUACUCUUGGAGAUGUUUCUGUUCCAAAGCAAAAGAUGAAGGUUGAAAGACCUGAACUGGACAUCAAACCUCUGCAGACUGAGCAUGAACUUGAUGGACAAAAAAGCAAGUUCAAGAUGCCAAAGUUUGGAAUCACAAUGCCAAAAGUAAAAGGGUCUGAAAUUGAUUUCAGCUCAUCUAAGAAAGUAGAUAUGACACUACCAGAAGCCAAAGCUGAAGUCAAACUCCCUGACGUUGAACUGAAAGAACCUUCUGCUGAAGUGAAAAUUAAAGCUCCUGAGAUCAAGGUUGCAACAAAUGAUACAGAAGGAUCACCAUCAAAAUUUAAGAUGCCGACAUUCAAAUUACCAAAAUUUGGAGUUGGCACUCAAAGUGCCACCGUAGAAGUGCCUGAUACGUACAAAGAUGUCAAAAUUGAUGGAGAUGACAUUAAAUUUCAUCAACAGGUUCUUGCAGUUGACAUUACAGCACCCAGCAUUGACACUGAAGACCCUUCAAUAGAUAUGAAAGCUAUAGGAACUGAAUAUGAGGGAAAAGGAAGCAAGUUUAAAAUGCCACAUCUGGGGUUCUCUAUGCCUAAAGUCAAAGGGCCUCAAAUUGAUUUAAGUUUAUCAGAGAAAGAUGUAGAUGUCACACUUCCAGAGUCCAAUGCUGAGGUUCAACUCCCAGAAGCUCCUAAAGUUAAUGUCAGUCUUGCAAAAGCAGAUGUUUCUCUUUCAGAGAAAAAAUUGGAUGUUAAAAAGCCUGAAUUAGACACUGAAGUUGAACUUGAUGAGCAAGAAAGCAAGUUUAAAAUGCCAAAGUUGGGACUGUCAAUGCCAAAAGUAAAAGGACCUGAAAUUCACUUUGGCUUAUCAAAGAAAGAUGGAGAUGUGACACUACCAGAAGCCAAAGCUGAAGUAAAAGUCCCUGAAGUUGAACUAAAGGAACCCUUUGCUAAGAUGGAAAUUAAAGCUGAUGAAAUAAAAGGUGCGACAAAAGGUAGAGAAGGAUCACCAUCAAAAUUUAAGAUGCCGACAUUCAAACUACCAAAGUUUGGAGUUGGUACUCCAAACGUCUCUGUAGAAGUACCUGAUAUGGACAAAGAUGUCAAAAUUGAUGGAGAUGACAUUAAUAUCCCUGAAGCGGUGUCAGUGGUUAACAUUGCUGCACCUAGCAUUGACAUUGAGGGCCCUUCAAUAGAUAUGAAAACUACAGGAACUGAACAGGACGGAAAAGGAAGCAAGUUUAAAAUGCCACACCUUGGUUUCUCUAUGUCAAAGGUAAAAGGACCUAAAAUUGAUUUAAGCCUAUCAAAGAAAGAUGUGGAUGUCACAUUACCAGAGGGUAAAGCUGAUCUUAAACUUCCAGAGGUUGAUUUCGAAAAAGUAGAUGUUUCAAUUCCAGAGGCUAAGAUGGAACUUCCAGAGGGUAAACCUGAAGUUAAACUUCCAGAAGCCCCUAAAAUUGCUGUGGAGAUUAAACCACCAGAAUAUGAAGCAGAAAUGGAUGGUCAUGGUGGGAAGUUUCAAAUACCAACGUUAGGAAUGAAAAUGUCAAAAGUUAAAGGGCCUGAAUUUGAUUUAAGCUUAUCAAAGAAAGAAGUAAAUGUCAAAUUACCAGAGACAAAAGCUGAUGUCAAACUUCCAGAGGUUGAUCUUGGAAAAGUAGAUGUUUCACUCCUAGAGUCUAAGAUGGAGGUUAAAAAACCUGAACUGCAAAUGCAGUCCUUGCAGACUGAAGGUGAACUUGAUGGACAAGGAGAAAAGUUCAAAAUGCCAAAGUUUGGAAUCACAAUGCCAAAAGUAAAAGGGCCUGAAAUUGAUUUAAACUUCUCAAAGAAAGAUGUAGGUGUGACACUUCCAAAGUCCAAAGCUGAGGUCAAACACCUAGAAGCUCCUAAAAUUGCUGUGGAUAUGAAACCACCAGAGUGUGAAACAGAAAUUGAUGGGGAAGGAAGCAAGUUUAAAAUGCCAAAGUUUGGAAUCACAAUUCCAAAAGUACAAGGGCCUGAAAUUGAUUUAAGCUUAUUGAAGAAAGAUGUAGAUGUCAAAUUACCAGAGGCUAAGGCUGAGGUUAAACUCCCCAAAGCCACUGAAAUUGACAUUAAUCUUGAAAAAGUAGAUGUUUCAAUUCCAGAAGCAAAGAUGGAGGUUAAAAAAACUCAACUGGAAAUUAAAUCCCGGCAUUCUGAAGGUGAACUUGAUGGGCAAGGAAGCAAGAUCAAAAUGCCAAAGUUUGGAAUGUCAAUGCCAAAAGUAAAAGGACCUGAAAUUGAUUUAAGGUUCUCAAAGAAAGAUGUGACACUUACAGAAGCCAAAGCAGAGGUUGAACUCCCAGAAGCUCCUAAAAUUGCUGUGGAUAUGAAACCACCAGAGUGUGAAGCAGAAAUUGAUGGACAAAGAGAAAAGUUGAAAAUGCCAAAGUUUGGAAUCACAAUGCCAAAGAUAACAGGGCCUGAAUUUGAUUUAAGUUUAUCAAAGAAAGAAGGAGAUGUGACACUUCCAGAAGCAAAAGCUGAAGUCAAACUCCCUGACGUUGACCUGAAAGAACCUUUUGCUGAAGUGGAAAUUAAAGCUCCUGAGAUAAAAGUUACGACAAAGGAUAGAGAAGGAUCACCGUCAAAAUUUAAGAUGCCGACAUUCAAAUUACCAAAAUUUGGAGUCGGUAGUCCAAGUGCCACAGUAGAAGUGCCUGAUACAUGCAAAGACAUCAAAAUUGAUAGAGCUGACAUUAAAUUUAAUGAAGACGUUCUUGCAGUUGACAUUACAGCACCCAGCAUUGACACUGAAACCCCAUCAAUAUAUAUGAAAACUACAGGAACUCUACAUGAAGGAAAAGAAAGCAAGUUUAAAAUGCCAAGUCUAGGUUUUUCUGUGCCUCAAGUCAAACGGCCUGAUAUUGAUUUAAGCUUAUCAAAGAAAGAUGUAGAUGUGACACUACCAGAAGCCAAAGAUGAAGUUCAACUCCCUGAUGUUGAAGUAAAAGGAUCUUCUGCCAAAGUGGAAGUUAAAGCUCCUGAGAUUGAAGCUCAAACUGGUGAUGUUGAAGGAUCACCAGCAAAAUUUAAAAUGCCAACAUUCACAUUACCCAAAUUUGGAGCUGCUACUCCAAAGGUCAGUGUGGAAGUACCUGAUGUGGACAAAGACAUUAAAAUUGAUGGAGUGAAGCUGGAAGUACCUAGAGAGGGAGCUACAGUGGAUGUCACAGCACCCAGCAUUGACACUGAAGGGCUAUCUGUAGAUGUGAAAGCUAAAGGAAGUGAACUUGAAGGAUCAGGAAGCAAAUUUAAAAUUCCAAAGUUUGGCAUCUCAAUGCCAAAAGUAAAAGGUCCUGAAAUUGAUUUGAACUUAUCAAAGAAAGAUGUAGAUGUCACACUCCCAGAAGCCAAAGCUGAAGUUCAACUUCCGGAUGUUGAGGUAAAAGGAUCUUCUGCCAAAGUGGAAGUUAAAGCUCCUGAGAUUGAAGCUCAAACAGGUCAUGUUGAAGGAUCACCAGCAAAAUUUAAAAUGCCAACAUUCACAUUACCCAAAAUUGGAGCUGCUACUCCAAAGGUCAGUGUGGAAGUACCUGAUGUAGACAAAGACAUUAAAAUUGAUGGAGUGAAGCUGGAAGUACCUAGAGAGGGAACUACAGUGGAUGUCACAGCACCCAGCAUUGACACUGAAGGCCUAUCUGUAGAUGUCAAAGCUAAAGGAAGUGAACUUGAAGGAUCAGGAAGCAAAUUUAAAAUGCCAAAGUUUGGCAUCUCAAUGCCAAAAGUAAAAGGGCCUGAAAUCGAUUUGAACUUAUCAAAGAAACAUGUAGAUGUCACAUUCUCAGAAGCCAAAGCUGAAGUUCAACUCCCUGAUGUUGAAGUAAAAGGAUCUUCUGUCAAAGUGGAAGUUAAAGCCCCUGAGAUUGAAGCUCAAACAGGUGAUGUUGAAGGAUCACCAGCAAAAUUUAAAAUGCCAACAUUCACAUUACCCAAAUUUGGAGCUGCUACUCCAAAGGUCAGUGUGGAAGUACCUGAUGUGGACAAAGACAUUAAAAUUGAUGGAGCGAAGCAGGAAAUACCUAGAGAGGGAGCUACAGUGGAUGUCACCGCACCCAGCAUUGACACUGAAGGCCUAUCUGUAGAUGUCAAAGCUAAAGGAAGUGAACUUGAAGGAUCAGGAAGCAAAUUUAAAAUGCCAAAGUUUGGCAUCUCAAUGCCAAAAGUAAAAGGGCCUGAAAUCGAUUUGAACUUAUCAAAGAAAGAUGUAGAUGUCACACUCCCAGAAGCCAAAGCUGAAGUUCAACUUCCGGAUGUUAAAAUAAAACAACCGUCUGCCGAAGUGGAAAUUAAAGCCCCUGAGAUUCAAGCUCAAACAGGUCAUGUUGAAGGAUCACCGUCAAAAUAUAAAAUGCCAACAUUCACAUUACCCAAAUUUGGAGCUGCUACUCCAAAGGUCAGUGUGGAGGUACCUGAUGUGGACAAAGACAUUAAAAUUGAUGGAGCGAAGCUGGAAGUACCUAUAGAGGGAACUACAGUGGAUGUCACAGCACCCAGCAUUGACACUGAAGGCCUAUCUGUAGACGUGAAAGUCAAAGGUGGUGAACUUGAAGGAUCAGGAAGCAAAUUUAAAAUGCCCAAGUUUGGCAUCUCAAUGCCUAAAGUUAAAGGACCUGAAAUUGAUUUAAGUUUAUCAAAGAAAGAUGUAGAUGUCACACUCCCAGGAGCCAAAGCUGAGGUCAAACUGCCUGAUGUUGAAGUCAAAGAACCUGAAGGUGCUAUUUCAGUACCAGAUGCAGCUACAGUUGAGGUUGAAGCCAAGUUGAAACGACCAAACUGGACAUUUCCUAAAUUUUCAUUUUCAAGGACAGGUGGUAAAGCCCCUGAUGUUGAUGUCAACCUUGAAACACCCAACGAUGAUGUUACAUCACCAGAGGCCAAAGCAGAAGUCUGUCUACCAGAUGUUGAAGUCCAAGGACUUUCUGGGGCUAUUUCAAUGGAAGAGCCACCUGCUGCAGAACUUGAUGCAAACUUGAAAAAAACAAGAUUUUCACUACCCAAAUUUUCUUUCUCAAAGUCAAGUGUUAAAGAAGCUGAAGUCCGUUCUAAGCUUCCACAUGUUGAUGUUUCUCUUCCAGAAGUAAAUGUGGAAGUCAAACAACCUGAAGUGGAGCUUAUACCACCAGAGGGUGAUGUAGAAUUAGAUGGGAAGGAAAGCAAAUUUAAAAUGCCAAAGUUUGGCAUCUCAAUGCCAAAAGUAAAAGGGCCUGAAAUCGAUUUGAACUUAUCAAAGAAAGAUGUAGAUGUCACACUCCCAGAAGCCAAAGCUGAAGUUCAACUUCCGGAUGUUAAAAUAAAACAACCAUCUGCCAAAGUGGAAAUUAAAGCCCCUGAGAUUGAAGCUCAAACAGGUCAUGUUGAAGGAUCACUGUCAAAAUUUAAAAUGCCAACAUUCACAUUACCCAAAUUUGGAGCUGCUACUCCAAAGGUCAGUGUGGAAGUACCUGAUGUGGACAAAGACAUUAAAAUUGAUGGAGCAAAGCUGGAAUUACCUAAAGAGGGAACUACAGUGGAUGUCACAGCACCCAGCAUUGACACUGAAGGCCUAUCUGUGGAUGUGAAAGUUAAAGGUGGUGAACUUGAAGGAUCAGGAAGCAAAUUUAAAAUGCCAAAGUUUGGCAUCUCAAUGCCAAAAGUAAAAGGUCCUGAAAUUGAUUUGAACUUAUCAAAGAAAGAUGUAGAUGUCACACUCCCAGAAGCCAAAGCUGAAGUUCAACUUCCAGAUGUUAAAAUAAAACAACCGUCUGUUAAAGUGGAAAUUAAAGCCCCUGAGAUUGAAGCUCAAACAGGUCAUGUUGAAGGAUCACCGUCAAAAUUUAAAAUGCCAACAUUCACAUUACCCAAAUUUGGAGCUGCUACUCCAAAGGUCAGUGUGGAAGUACCUGAUGUGGACAAAGACAUUAAAAUUGAUGGAGCAAAGCUGGAAUUACCUAAAGAGGGAACUACAGUGGAUGUCACAGCACCCAGCAUUGACACUGAAGGCCUAUCUGUGGAUGUGAAAGUUAAAGGUGGUGAACUUGAAGGAUCAGGAAGCAAAUUUAAAAUGCCAAAGUUUGGCAUCUCAAUGCCAAAAGUAAAAGGGCCUGAAAUUGAUUUGAACUUAUCAAAGAAAGAUGUAGAUGUCACACUCCCAGAAGCCAAAGCUGAAGUUCAACUUCCAGAUGUUAAAAUAAAACAACCGUCUGUUAAAGUGGAAAUUAAAGCCCCUGAGAUUGAAGCUCAAACAGGUCAUGUUGAAGGAUCACCGUCAAAAUUUAAAAUGCCAACAUUCACAUUACCCAAAUUUGGAGCUGCUACUCCAAAGGUCAGUGUGGAAGUACCUGAUGUGGACAAAGACAUUAAAAUUGAUGGAGCAAAGCUGGAAUUACCUAAAGAGGGAACUACAGUGGAUGUCACAGCACCCAGCAUUGACACUGAAGGCCUAUCUGUGGAUGUGAAAGUUAAAGGUGGUGAACUUGAAGGAUCAGGAAGCAAAUUUAAAAUGCCAAAGUUUGGCAUCUCAAUGCCAAAAGUAAAAGGUCCUGAAAUUGAUUUGAGCUCAUCAAAGAAAGAUGUAGAUGUCACACUCCCAGAAGCCAAAGCUGAAGUUCAACUUCCAGAUGUUAAAAUAAAACAACCGUCUGUUAAAGUGGAAAUUAAAGCCCCUGAGAUUGAAGCUCAAACAGGUCAUGUUGAAGGAUCACCGUCAAAAUUUAAAAUGCCAACAUUCACAUUACCCAAAUUUGGAGCUGCUACUCCAAAGGUCAGUGUGGAAGUACCUGAUGUGGACAAAGACAUUAAAAUUGAUGGAGCAAAGCUGGAAUUACCUAAAGAGGGAACUACAGUGGAUGUCACAGCACCCAGCAUUGACACUGAAGGCCUAUCUGUGGAUGUGAAAGUUAAAGGUGGUGAACUUGAAGGAUCAGGAAGCAAAUUUAAAAUGCCAAAGUUUGGCAUCUCAAUGCCCAAGGUAAAAGGUCCUGAAAUUGAUUUGAGCUCAUCAAAGAAAGAUGUAGAUGUCACACUCCCAGAAGCCAAAACUGAAGUUCAACUUCCGGAUGUUAAAAUAAAACAACCGUCUGCCAAAGUGGAAGUUAAAGCUCCUGAGAUUGAAGCUCAAACAGGUCAUGUUGAAGGAUCACCGUCAAAAUUUAAAAUGCCAACAUUCACAUUACCCAAAUUUGGAGCUGCUACUCCAAAGGUCAGUGUGGAAGUACCUGAUGUGGACAAAGACAUUAAAAUUGAUGGAGCAAAGCUGGAAUUACCUAAAGAGGGAACUACAGUGGAUGUCACAGCACCCAGCAUUGACACUGAAGGCCUAUCUGUGGAUGUGAAAGUUAAAGGUGGUGAACUUGAAGGAUCAGGAAGCAAAUUUAAAAUGCCAAAGUUUGGCAUCUCAAUGCCCAAGGUAAAAGGUCCUGAAAUUGAUUUGAGCUCAUCAAAGAAAGAUGUAGAUGUCACACUCCCAGAAGCCAAAGCUGAAGUUCAACUUCCAGAUGUUAAAAUAAAACAACCGUCUGCCAAAGUGGAAGUUAAAGCCCCUGAUAUUGAAGCUCAAACAGGUCAUGUUGAAGGAUCACCGUCAAAAUUUAAAAUGCCAACAUUCACAUUACCCAAAUUUGGAGCUGCUACUCCAAAGGUCAGUGUGGAAGUACCUGAUGUGGACAAAGACAUUAAAAUUGAUGGAGCAAAGCUGGAAUUACCUAAAGAGGGAACUACAGUGGAUGUCACAGCACCCAGCAUUGACACUGAAGGCCUAUCUGUGGAUUUGAAAGUUAAAGGUGGUGAACUUGAAGGAUCAGGAAGCAAAUUUAAAAUGCCAAAGUUUGGCAUCUCAAUGCCCAAGGUAAAAGGUCCUGAAAUUGAUUUGAGCUCAUCAAAGAAAGAUGUAGAUGUCACACUCCCAGAAGCCAAAGCUGAAGUUCAACUUCCGGAUGUUAAAAUAAAACAACCGUCUGCCAAAGUGGAAAUUAAAGCUCCUGAUAUUGAAGCUCAAACAGGUCAUGUUGAAGGAUCACCGUCAAAAUUUAAAAUGCCAACAUUCACAUUACCCAAAUUUGGAGCUGCUACUCCAAAGGUCAGUGUGGAGGUACCUGAUGUGGACAAAGACAUUAAAAGUGAUGGAGUGAAGCUGGAAGUACGUAGAGAGGGAGCUACAGUGGAUGUCACAGCACCCAGCAUUGACACUGAAGGGCUAUCUGUAGAUGUGAAAGCUAAAGGAAGUGAACUUGAAGGAUCAGGAAGCAAAUUUAAAAUGCCAAAGUUUGGCAUCUCAAUGCCUAAAGUUAAAGGACCUGAAAUUGAUUUAAGUUUAUCAAAGAAAGACGUAGAUGUCACAUUACCAGAAGCUAAAGCUGAGGUCAAACUGCCUGAUGUUGAAGUCAAAGAACCUGAAGGUGCCAUUUCAGUACCAGAUGCAGCUACAGUUGAGGUUGAAGCCAAGUUGAAACGACCAAACUGGACAUUUCCUAAAUUUUCAUUUUCAAGGACAGGUGGUAAAGCCCCUGAUGUUGAUGUCAACCUUGAAACACCCAACGAUGAUGUUACAUCACCAGAGGCCAAAGCAGAAGUCUGUCUACCAGAUGUUGAAGUCCAAGGACUUUCUGGGGCUAUUUCAAUGGAAGAGCCACCUGCUGCAGAACUUGAUGCAAACUUGAAAAAAACAAAAUUUUCACUACCCAAAUUUUCUUUCUCAAAGUCAAGUGUUAAAGAAGCUGAAGUCAGUUCUAGGCUUCCACAUGUUGAUGUUUCUCUUCCAGAAGUAAAUGUGGAAGUCAAACAACCUGAAGUGGAGCUUAAGCCACCAGAAGGUGAAGUAGAAUUAGAUGGGAAGGAAAGCAAGUUUAAAAUGCCAAAGUUUGGCAUCUCAAUGCCAAAAGUGAAAGGACCUGAAAUUGAUUUGAGCUUAUCAAAGAAAGAUGUAGAUGUCACACUCCCAGAAGCCAAAGCUGAAGUUCAACUUCCAGAUGUUAAAAUAAAACAACCGUCUGUUAAAGUGGAAAUUAAAGCCCCUGAGAUUGAAGCUCAAACUGGUGAUGUUGAAGGAUCACCGUCAAAAUUUAAAAUGCCAACAUUCACAUUACCCAAAUUUGGAGCUGCUACUCCAAAGGUCAAUGUGGAAGCACCUGAUGUGGACAAAGACAUUAAAAUUGAUGGAGCAAAGCUGGAAUUACCUAAAGAGGGAACUACAGUGGAUGUCACAGCACCCAGCAUUGACACUGAAGGCCUAUCUGUAGAUGUUAAAGCUAAAGGAAGUGAACUUGAAGGAUCAGGAAGCAAAUUUAAAAUGCCAAAGUUUGGCAUCUCAAUGCCUAAAGUUAAAGGACCUGAAAUUGAUUUGAACUUAUCAAAGAAAGAUGUAGAUGUCACACUCCCAAAAGCUAAAGCUGAGGUCAAACUGCCUGAUGUUGAAGUCAAAGAACCUGAAGGUGCUAUUUCAGUACCAGAUGCACCUACAUUUGAGGUUGAAGCCAAGUUGAAACGACCAAACUGGACAUUUCCUAAAUUUUCAUUUUCAAGGACAGGUGGUAAAGCCCCUGAUGUUGAUGUCAACCUUGAAACACCCAACGAUGAUGUUACAUCACCAGAGGCCAAAGCAGAAGUCUGUCUACCAGAUGUUGAAGUCCAAAGACCUUCAGGGGCUAUUUCAAUGGAAGAGGCACCUGCUGCAGAACUUGAUGCAAACUUGAAAAAAACAAAAUUUUCACUACCCAAAUUUUCUUUCUCAAAGUCAGGUGUUAAAGAAGCUGAAGUCCGUUCUAAGCUUCCACAUGUUGAUGUUUCUCUUCCAGAAGUAAAUGUGGAAGUCAAACAACCUGAAGUGGAGCUUACGCCACCAGAAGGUGAAGUAGAAUUAGAUGGGAAGGAAAGCAAGUAUAAAAUGCCAAAGUUUGGCAUCUCAAUGCCAAAAGUGAAAGGGCCUGAAAUCGAUUUGAGCUCAUCAAAGAAAGAUGUAGAUGUCACACUCCCAGAAGCCAAAGCUGAAGUUCAACUUCCGGAUGUCAAAAUAAAACAACCGUCUGUUAAAGUGGAAAUUAAAGCCCCUGAGAUUGAAGCUCAAACAGGUCAUGUUGAAGGAUCACCGUCAAAAUUUAAAAUGCCAACAUUCACAUUACCCAAAUUUGGAGCUGCUACUCCAAAGGUCAGUGUGGAGGCACCUGAUGUGGACAAAGACAUUAAAAUUGAUGGAGCGAAGCUGGAAGUACCUAGAGAGGGAACUACAGUGGAUGUCACAGCACCCAGCAUUGACACUGAAGGCCUAUUUGUAGAUGUGAAAGUCAAAGGUGGUGAACUUGAAGGAUCAGGAAGCAAAUUUAAAAUGCCCAAGUUUGGCAUCUCAAUGCCUAAAGUUAAAGGACCUGAAAUUGAUUUAAGUUUAUCAAAGAAAGAUGUAGAUGUCACAUUACCAGAAGCUAAAACUGAGGUCAAACUGCCUGAUGUUGAAGUCAAAGAACCUGAAGGUGCUAUUUCAGUACCAGAUGCAGCUACAGUUGAGGUUGAAGCCAAGUUGAAACGACCAAACUGGACAUUUCCUAAAUUUUCAUUUUCAAGGACAGGUGGUAAAGCCCCUGAUGUUGAUGUCAACCUUGAAACACCCAACGAUGAUGUUACAUCACCAGAGGGCAAAGCAGAAGUCUGUCUACCAGAUGUUGAAGUCCAAGGACCUUCUGGAGCUAUUUCAGUGGAAGAGCCACCUGCUGCAGAACUUGAUGCAAACUUGAAAAAAACAAAAUUUUCACUACCCAGAUUUUCUUUCUCAAAGUCAAGUGUUAAAGAACCUGAUCUUAGUGCUAAGCUUCCACAUGUUGAUGUUUCUCUUCCAGAGGGAGAAGUGAAAGUCAAACAACCUGAAAUGCCAAUUGACGCUCCUGAGCUUGAAGCUGAACAUGAUGGACAAGGAAGCAAGUUUAAAUUGCUAACAUUUGGCAUUGCACAACCAAAAGCAAAAGGACCUGAAAAAGAUUUAAAUGCAUCACAGAAAGAUGUAGACAUCACACUGCCAGAAGUUAAAGCAGAAGUCAAACUCCCUGAAAUUGACGUCAAAGAAUCUUCAGCUAGUGUGGAAAUUAAAGCUUCUGAGACUGAAGCUAAGUCAAAAGAUGAUGGAGGAUCACCAUUAAAAUUUAAAAUGCCAACGGUGAAAAUGCCGAAAUUUGGAGGUGCUACCUAUGAUGUCACUGUAGAAUCACCUGAUGCAGACAAGGUAGCUGAAGCUGAUGGAGCUAAACUCAAGGAGGUCAACAUCAAAGGUCUAAGUGUUGAUAUUAAAACAGAUGUAUCCAAAGCAGCAAUAACGGAUUCUGAAACAACAAAGACUGAGACUGACAGUGUGGGUCUUACCUCUCCAAGUAAAUUCAAACUACCAUCAUUUAAAAUGCCAAAGCUGAGUUUCUCAAGACCCAAAGCUGAAGAAGAAUAUGUCCCCUGCAAAGAAGAUCAGCUAGAAAUGGAAGUUGAGCCGAAAGGAGAGAGAAAAUCACCUAAAAUGACUUUGACAUCAUUUGGUGAGAUCCUCAAGAAUGUUGAUGUUGAAUUUGAUGUUCCAAAAGUGGAAGAAAGUCUUGAAACCUCAAAGAAAGUUCAUGAAACAGAUGAACCCAGUGGAAAGCAGUUAGAGACAAAGGAAACAAAUACCAAGCAAGAUACUGUCAAAAGUCCUGAGAGGACAGGUUGGUUUAAAUUCCCCAAGUUUGGGCUGUCCUCCCCAUCAGAACCUGCCAGGAUUUCUGAAAAAGACACGCACAAGGAUGAAAAGAGCUUAGUUGGGGAAACAGUGGAUGAGGAAAUAAGCCCCACCUGUUCUGUCCAGUCAUCAGAUGCCUUUGCUGAUAUUAGCUCUGCAAUGACAAGUGAGCAUGUUGGCCUGUCCUUAUCAUCUCCAACUAAGGUAACUGUCAAAUACUCUGAUCCCAAUGCUGCUACAGGGCUUGGAGAGAUUCACAGCAACAUCAUUACUUCCACCACAAGGACUGAGCUGAUCUCGGUUGAGCCCGACUUGCCUGAGAAAAUCACCAUUCCGUCAUCAGGAGUUUCAUCUUCAUCGGAAGACACGCUCAGACUGGAAUCUGGAAAAAUACAUGUCAUUACAUCCAAUAUACAAGCAACCCCAGAAGCACAGCAUGCCAAGCUACUAACUGCUAUCCAAGUCCAAUCAACCGGAGGCCUUCUCCAAAAAUCAGAGGCUAACGAAGCUUCAUCGUGGACUGUCGAAGAUUUACAAAGCGGCAAGAGAACGGUCUAUGAGAGGCAUUUAGUUAGGGAAACAUCGAGUGAAAAAAGUGAGAGCAAAGAAACAAUUGUGAUAACUAAACAAAUUACACAUAUGUUUGACUCUUCUGUCUCAGGUGAGACAGCUUCAUCCAUUCAACGACUGAGAGACUCUGUGCACUCUGAGAAAAUGAGGUUCUUUGAUGGAGCUGAAAAAUGAAAUAACUAGAUGUAAAUUAUGUCUAAAGAUACAAUCCUUCAGUUUCCAGCCUCAGUGGCCAAUGGGUUCUAAAUUUCACUGCCCAUAAGUCACAUAAGUCCAUAAGUGACAGAAGGCUGAGAUAGAAAACAGGUUCGCAACUGGAAAAGAUCGUUAGCAAGUUUAACUUACCAAUCACAGGAAAGAUUUUGUCAGUGUUCAGGUGUUAACUUCAGUCUCUGGUUUCAUGUUGUUGGCCUAUAAAGAGAUGGAUUCAUGUAAUUCACACUGACAAUGUGAUUAAGUUGUUAAUAAGCUGUGUAACUGAAUGCCCUUAAUGCAAAUUAUGACAUUUGCUUCACCAAAUAUAAGCCAUGUCUUUUGAUUAUCAAAACUUAUAAUAUCUUUGUCGUUUCAUAGUUUUUAAUGUGCAACACGGAUCCAACUUACUUGUGCUCUUAUUUGUCAGAUGAUAAUCACCAGUGCAUUUGAUUUAAAAACAGUUGAUCUGAACAAGACUGUUGAAAAAAAUCUAUCAAUGUUACUGACAUAUGACCAAAAUAUGUUUACAAUCAUUUCACUGUAGUGCAGUAUAUGACAGAAAAAUGAAUAUGUACACGUAUCACCAAGAUAUUCUUGUUGCUGUAGCUAAAAUGUAAAGAAACAAUAGCAAUGCAAAGCUGAAAUGAAACGCUUAUGAUGAAACACAGCAAGUGUAUUUCUGCAACUAUAUUUUUAUUAAUAUUUUGCUUAGAACCUAAUUUGCUACAGUAAAAAUAUAUCAACAGUAUAUUCUCUUUCAAUAUCACUGUACAAAGUGGGAAUAUUAAACUGGCUGUGUAAAUAGCUUUUAAUUAUCUCUGGAGUUUUAUUUGAUUACUGGUCCUCUUUGAAUUCUGAUGGGCUUUAACUCUGUUUGUAAAAUUAUACACAAUAAAUAAAUAUUACUAUAUGCAAA